AUGGGUCACCCCGACGAGAUCAACGCUCUCGAGGCGCAGUCCGACGAUAUUGACACCAAGGAAGGCGAGCAGGAUGAGCCAGUUCAGCUCCAUCGAAAGCUCAAGGCGCGUCACAUUUCUAUGAUUGCUAUCGGCGGUGCGAUCGGUACUGGAUUAAUUGUUGGCACUGGCAGUGCCUUGGCAGCCGGACCUGGCUCAUUGCUGAUUGCGUACUGUUUUAUGGGUCUCGUUGUUUGGACAGUCAUGUGUGGUCUGGGUGAAAUGGCUGCCUGGCUGCCCCUGUCGUCUGGUUUCACUGGUUACGCUGGUCGUUUCUGUGAUCCCGCUCUCGGUUUCACCCUCGGAUGGUGCUACUAUCUAAAAUAUAUUAUUCUCCCACCCACGCAACUUACAGCAGCCGCCCUGGUCAUAACUUUCUGGCCGAAAACUUCUGCAGACAAUGUCAGCCCUGGCGUAUGGAUUGCCAUCUUCAUGGUAGCAAUCAUCGUGAUCAACUACUUCGGUGUGAAAACUUUUGGUGAAUUGGAAUUUUGGCUCUCGUCUUUCAAGGUGAUCGUCAUUCUAGGCAUUAUUCUGUGCGCUUUCAUUUUCGCACUUGGUGGUGGCCCCGAUCACGACAGGAGAGGUUUCCGGUACUGGCAUGAGCCUGGUGCUUUUGCCACUAAAUAUGUCGAUGGGAGCCUUGGAAAGUUCCUUGCUUUCUGGUCCACCAUGGUGCAGGCCACAUUCGCGUUCCUCGGCACCGAGCUUAUUGGUGUUACCGUCGGAGAGGCUCAGAACCCUCGCAAGACCAUCCCAAAAGCCAUCAAGCUUACCUUCUGGCGAAUCAUCGUGUUCUAUAUUCUCAGUGUCCUUUUCGUUGGUAUGCUGGUCCCGUACAACUCCAAAGAUUUGGCCUUCGCCACCAAGGCCAAGAACUCUGCCGCGGCGUCACCUUUCGUUGUCGCCAUGAAGCAAGUCGCCGCUCUUCCGCAUAUCAUCAACGGCUGUAUCCUUGUGUUUGUGCUCUCUGCCGCUAACUCCGACCUUUACAUUGCAACGCGAACUCUAUAUGGUCUCGCUCGUGAGGAGAAAGCCCCCAAAAUAUUUGCUCGCACAAACCAGGCGGGUGUGCCAAUCUUUGCCCUGGCUCUUUCGGCUGCUUUCUGCUUGCUCGCGUUCAUGAGUGUUUCCAAUGGCUCCAAGGAGGUUUUCGGCUACUUCACCGAUAUGGUGUCGAUCUUCGGAUUGUUGACCUGGAUCUCUCUUCUGAUCACUCACAUUUUCUUCAUUCGUGCUCGCCUUGCACAGGGUGUCGAUGAGUCAACACUCGCCUACAAGGCUCCCCUGGGAAUCAUCGGUUCCUCCAUCGCCCUGUUUUUCUGCGUUCUGUUGGCCUUCACCCGCAGCUUUGGCGUGUUUAUCCAUAACCCAGAGAAGUAUGGCAACUUUGACUACAAGACCUUCAUCACCUCAUAUCUCGGUAUUCCCCUCUACAUGAUGGCUUUCACCGGAUGGAAGUUCUUCAAGAAGACCGAGAUUGUCAAGCCCCACGAUGCCGAUAUUUGGACCGGAAAGGCGGAGAUUGAUCGCGAAGAGGCCGAAUAUGAGGCCAUGAUGGCUAUUGAGCACCAGAACCUCACUGGAUGGAAUAAAAUCUAUAAGCAAAGUCUUGCCUGGCUUUUCUAG